AUGAAGGAUGGGGGGCCCCUGCAGCUGCAGCUUCUGCUGAGCUUCUUGCCCUGGGGGCCAGGGGUUCUGUCCCAGGACCUAGACUGUGUCCAGCUCCACCCUUGCAGGUGCCUCCUGCAGGAGAGUCACCAGAUGAUCAACCUGGCCGCCAUGGGACCCCUGACCAUCCCCUUGGCCCCCGACAAGGAGCCUGGAGGGUAUGUUCAAUUCAGCCCUUGCCAGCCAUUCAGCGAACCCGCUAACCUCACCGCCACGGACUGUGUCCAGGUGGCUGCGUGUGUGACCCUGAGGCAGGCAGGCUCAGGGGAUCUUCACCACACUGCCUACGGCAGGCACCAGAGGAGCGAACUUCGUUAUGACAACAGCACCCGUGUCUUGACUAUCUCAUACCCCGCCUGGCCUAGCAGCUCCCUGAACACCCUGGUCCAUUUUAACUGCAGCCCAAUGAGGACGGUAGCCCAUGUGUCCCUCCUGCCCACCCACCUGGAGGUCUUCAUCCAGACUCCCUGUGCCUGCCCAGACCACUGCCAACCGUGGAGCCCAGAACCUAGCCUCCUCAUCGCCAUUUCAUUCUUUGUGACCCUUGGCAUCUACCUUCUCUGGGGUGUUUGUGGGCUGCAGGCCAUCCACAUCAAAAGAGGAAGCCAGCUCAUCCCUCAAGACCAGCUCUGGUGCAGCCCCUGUUCCUCUUGCUGUGGGAAGUCAGAGGAAAACAAAGAAAACAUCCCUCUUAUAAGCCUAGGUUCUGGGACUUAG